AUGGAGUCUCUCUUCUCCGGCAUUAUCAUCCUGCUCUUAGUUUCCUUUUCAUGUUACACUUCUUCAGAAGCCCUCACCAGCAACAACGGAAACAUCACAAUCAAAUGGGAUCUCAUGAACUGGACACCUGAUGGCUACGUAGCUAUAGUUACAGCUUACAACUACCAGAAACAACGUUCAAUUCCUUCACCAGGAUGGAAAAUGAGCUGGACAUGGGCCCAAAAAGAGGUGAUAUGGAGUAUGGUUGGUGCAAAAACCAUAGAGAAAGGAGAUUGUUCCAUGUACAAAGGAAACAUCCCUCAAUCAUGUGUUCGUAAACCAACAGUCAUUGAUAUGCUUCCUGGAACUCCUUACAAUCAGCAGAUCGCUAACUGCUGCAAAGGAGGUGUUUUAAAACCCGGUUUAGCAAGUUCAUUCCUGAUAACCGUUGGUGCUGCUGGUACCUCAAAUAGUACUGUUCGGAUGGCGGUGAACUUCAUGUUCACAGCACCAAAACAAGAGUAUAUCUGUGGACCGACUAAGAACGUUAUGCGGACUAAGUUUAUUACCCCUGACUUGAGGAGAACCACUAGUGCCAUGAUGACAUGGAAAAUUACUUGCGUCUUCCACAAGGCAACUUGA